GAGUCUUUUAUUGUGGUGGUGUGCACCGGAAGUGUAACAGUAGCUAACCGGCUAACAGACUCGGUACCGACCCGUUUAUCUGCUGUUAACCCGGUCAGAUCCCGGUCCUUUAACCGGAAACAGACUGACGGCUUCAGAUUAGAAGCAGUUUUGAACGGCUGAGUCCGUAGUAGAGGUCAGAGGGGGUCAGCAGAGGUCAGCAGAGGUCAUCAGUAGGGGUCAGAGGUCCUCAGCGUGGCGGCCCCCCCCCCCCCUGCUGCCGCUCCCUCCUGAUGGAGAGUGAGUGUCGGGUCCCUUCAGCCUGCUGCAGGCCCCGGGUGCUGGUCCUCCAGGCGCUGUUCUGGAGCCUGGUGUCCCUCAGAGUGUUUGGAGCCGCCCUGCUGAGUGAGGAGAAAACUACAGUGAAGCAGCAGAGCGCCCCCUGCUGGCUGCUGGAGGACUUCGUGGUGACGGCCGAGUGCUCGCCGUGCACCGCCUUCCAGACCACGUCCUGGGCGUCCUGCGGGCCGACGGGCUUCGUGGAGCGAGUCAACUGCACCAGAUCCAACAAGGACGAGUACAAGAGCUGCCGCUCGUCCCUCCUGGAGGAGCGGCUCUUCUGGAGGUUCGAGGCCUCCAUGCUGGUCCUCACCCUCUCCUCCUCGGUGGUGGUGGUCCUGAGGCAGAGGCUACUGGACCGCCUCGCCUCAGAGAAGGUGAGGAGGCAGAUAGAGAGCAUCUAGAGAGGAGACACCUGGGGGGGAGGAGACACCUGGAGGAGAGAGGAGACACCUGGAGGAGAGAGGAGACACAAGAAGGAGAGAGGAGACACCUGGAGGAGAGAGGAGACACAAGAAGGAGAGAGGAUACACCUGUAGGAGAAAGGAGACACCUGGAGGAGACACGAGAAGGAGAGAGGAGACACCUGGAGGAGACAGGAGACACAAGAAGGAGAGAGGAGACACCUGGAGGAGACAGGAGACACCUGGAGGAGACACGAGAAGGAGAGAGGAGACAUAUAGAGGACUGCAGAAGCUGUGAAAACUUUAUUGAAAAAGAAUCUGGAGACAGAACGAGCGAUGAGGCGUUCAAUGACCGUCAGAAACUCUGUGUUUCUCUGUUUCCUGUGAGCACUAAAUGUUAACGUGUGUUCAGACUUUAGUUCUUAGACACUAAAACUGCCAGGACAUUAAAGUGAGUUAUUAAGAACAUUAUGGAGGUCAAACUGUUGAAUAGUCUCUUUGAUAUCAACAGAUGGACCAAUCAGAGCCUGUGAAUAUGAUGUAAUCUCUAAAUAUAAUGAUCUAAAUAAAAAACUCUGUCAAAAAAA